ACAUUGGACCCAUUUCCCUAGAUAACAUGUCAGAUCAAUGGAGGGGGCCUAUACAUCUGCACAUAUUUAAUGGGACCCUUUUAACCCUCUCUGCGUUGCCACGGUGGUUUUCGUCCCUCUCUGAGCUCUCCUACUUGUCCAUCGGGGUCAAUGGGCUAAGACAGGUUGAUCUCCAACUGCUUGGAGCUUUACCCGUGCUACGUUAUCUACAUUUAUGCGCACAUUUAGAUCAAAAAGAAUUACGUGGUGGGGUCACUGAAGAACGGCUGGCCAUUGGUGGUAAUCAGACCUUCCGCUCUCUAGCAGUGUUUGAGUUUACAAACUAUUCAAGAUGGUGGCUGGUGUUUGAACAAGGAGUGAUGCCCAGGCUUCAAAGGCUUCAGUUGAUCUUUAAAGCAUCUAUACGUGGUUUUGAUGUUAGCUUCGAGAACCUCACGUCCCUUAAACAUGUCACCGUCGAAAUUGACUGUCAAGAAGCUCGGAACACGUGUGCUAAGGUGAUGGAUGAUGCGUUUGACAUGGAGACCAGAAUCAGGGAUGCAGUGGAGAGCCACCCGAACCAUCCAACUCUCAAGCUGUCAACUCUCUACCCGCAAUGGCUCAAAUGACUGGCUGUCAGUUCGGACUUGCUGACUGCCGAAGACGGAAGUGAAGGUAAGAAAUUCGUUUCCCAUAAAUUCCCACGCAUAUAUA